GAUUUGUUUGUUAUUAUCCGCAACCGAAAGACACUACUAGUACCACUACUGAUUUGAAUUUGUAUGCGACUUAUUUGGAAAUCAUGUUAAAACAAAAGCACAUCGCACAGCGUCUGACUGCAACAACAAAAAACUCACUAAAUGCACUGAUUAGUAACAUGUCCUUAAGUAAUGAAGAUAAUGGGUUAAAACACAAAGCAAGCACACAAUUAGAAAAGUUGCGACUGUUACCUUUCAGAAAGAUAAAAUUCAACAGCAAGCUCUAUCACGAUCAAAAUGAUGCCAAUUUGGUUCAACGGCUAAAGCUAAAGUUUGGAAAAACUCGAUUUUAGUGAUAGGUAAUUGGUCUGCUCCGAAUACGAAAUUCCAGGAGCCCACAAGAAGUAAAGGCCUAAUCAAAAUGUUGAAGAAGGCAGGAUUUACUGUUCUUUUAAUCGACGAGUUUAAAACGUCCUCAUAUUGCCCUACUUGCGAAAGCGAACUGGAGACAUUCAAGACUGUUGUCAACCCUCGCCCAUACAAAAAAGCCGAUGCACCAACUGUUGAAUGUCACGGUUUAUUAAGAUGUCAAAAUCUUAAAUGUCUUGAUAACGGCGAAAAACAAAGAAGAAAACUCUGGAACCGGGACUUGGCCGCAGUGCUGAACUUUAAGAAGAUAGUUGAAAGCUUACGAGAAACUGGUCGAAGACCAGCAAUAUUUUGCAGAAAAAACACCGAAACUAUCCAUCAAGGUUAACGCUUUGGUUAUUUAAUGCAGAAAUACUGUAUUGAUUUACUAGAAGAUUGUAGCAAAAAUCAUUAAGUUUCAUAUGACAUCAGAGUUGCAAGAAACCUAAAAACUGUUAGAACAGUAGCGUCAAUAGAAUUAACAACAAGGUUUAGCUAGAUCUAGUCUAAAAUAAAAUAAGAUUUCA